CCUCCCAUGGCCGAGCUGGUACAAAAGCCCAACUCAAUAAUGCGGUCCCGGCAUGAUGUCUCUGAACAGCCUUGUUCGUCCGUUAUCUCUGUCAUCGUCGAGGGCCCAGAUAAGGAAGGAUGGCGACUAUCAACCACACGUCUCAGAAGUUCACAUUGAACACCGGAGCAGAAAUGCCCGGUGUAGGUCUUGGAACCUGGAAAUCGCCGCCAAACGAAGUCCGCAACGCGGUCAGUCAUGCGCUGCAGACGGGAUAUCGCCACAUCGACACAGCCCUGAAUUAUCGCAAUGAGGUCGAGGUUGGCCAAGGCAUCCGAAAUUCAGGGGUUCCGCGAGAGGAUAUCUGGGUAACCACGAAGCUGGACAAUCCAUGGCACCACAGAGUGCGUGAAGGGUUCGACAAGUCCCUGGCUGACUUGGGACUCGAUUAUAUCGACCUGUAUCUGGUUCAUUUUCCUUGCUCCACUGACCCAGAAGAUCCAGCGAAGCAUCUGCCAGACUGGGACUUUGUCAACACGUGGCAGGAGAUGCAAAAGCUGUUGGAUACCGGAAAAGUCAAGAACAUUGGCGUGUCCAACUUCCAGAUCCGACACUUGGAAAAGCUCCUUGGUGAUCCAUCUUGCAAGGUUGUCCCUGCAGUAAAUCAGAUCGAAUUGCACCCUGGCAACCCGUCUCCUAAACUAUUGGAGUAUUGUACGUCGAAAGGCAUACAUUGUACAGCUUAUUCCUGCCUCGGAGGUGCAACAGACAAUCCCCUCUACAAGGAACCGGCAUUGUUGGAAAUAUCUCAGAGACUCGGAAAGACUCCUGCCCAGGUUUUACUGUUAUGGAGCCUCCAACGAGGCACGAGUAUCAUCCCGAAAAGCGUGACACCUUCAAGGAUUGAGACAAAUUUCCAGUUGGAUGACUGGGAGCUGACUCAACACGAAAUGGAAGCGCUCAGUGGUAUCACGACCAGGUUCAAGGUCGUCAACGAUUCUUGGAUGCCAAUCAAGGUGUUUUUCGGAGGUGAUGAAUGAAAGGUCUGGAAAUGUACGGGCUAUUCAGACGCUGUGUAGCUGUGAGGGCGCAAAUAUCGAGCGACAAGGUCUAGUAGACGUUGUAGUGCAGCGAUUGCGGUGCAACGCUUCUGGACGCAAGAGAAGCUGCCGACGAGGGACGUCAAGGGCUCCAGCCAACACCCCGGAUACUGCUAUUACUCAUCAGCCGGCCACGGGGAUUGCACUUUGUCUUUAUGGCGGAGUCUCCACCAUCCUUGCUUCGGAAUAGGAGCCUGUCGUCAGGCCUCGUCUCAUAAUCUGCGCCGCCUGGGUGAAGAAGGAGUCGAUCCUUAGCGCCACAGGCCGGAUCAGACCCACCGAUUCCUCGUCCACGAGUUCACCUAUCCUCUGAAGGGAUUCAUGAAAGUGCUCCAGGAGUCGAAAUGUGGCGCUAACCUGCUCGGGACUGGAGGACAGGAGGAAUAGAUGUAUCAAGAAAUUGCCAAUGAGGAUCAACUGCGAUCUUCCAUCUACUUCUGUCAGUUUACACUUCUUCAUAUCACCACAGGAAACAAAGGAUGACUUGCGUCGGCCC